AUGGAUUCGAAAAAACGAGUAAAUCAGUAUAACAAUGUUGUUGAGAAUAAUAGGUGGUGUAAUUACGUAAAUUGGAAAUUAUAUCCUUUCUUCGGUCUGUUGGAACACAGACAAGUUUCCAUAGGGCUACCAUAUAAAAUUCAUCUACAAAGUGAAAUCAACGAUGAUAAGAUAUUCUUUGGAGAAAAUGGUUCAGAUGCAAAAUUAGAAAUAACAAAUCUCCAACUUCAUAUACCCGUAAUAACACCAUCAAUUGAAGUAGAAACGAGAAUAUUCAACUCGUUAACUAAAGAUAUUGAAAUAGCAUUUCUUCAUCGUAACACUGUAGGUAGCAUGACUUUAACUGGAGAAUCCACUACAUGGCCAAUCACUAACACUAUUAAACCAGCAAGAUAUAUAAUGGUUGGUUUCAAGAACUUACCAGACUUACAGACGAAUAACAGAGUAGCAAUGAACCAAACUCAAGAUCCUAUAAUCCAUAAAGUUCAAGUAAGAUUAAACAACGAUAAUUAUCCUAACCAACCUUUAACAAUUAAUCCAUCCACGAAGGAUUAUAAUGAAUUGUAUAGAAACUAUAAAAAUAUGUGUGAAUUAUUUGGAAAUCCACCUCAGUUUGAAUAUGUAGAUUUUGCAAUUUAUCACCCAAUCUUCUGUUUUGAUCUACCAGCUCACCAAGAAGAUCUUUUCAAAACAGGAGUGAACAUAAAUAUUCAAAUCGAAAAAAAAAAAAAAGGAGAUGUAACCGGUUGUUUAUAA